AUGGACCCUUUCAAACCCCCUCAUGAUCCCCCUCCACCGCGUCCCGUUGAUAGCGAAAACAAUCAGCCCACCAUGGAUCAGUCCUCUGAUCUUACAGACUCUUUGAACCGUCUCACUCUUGCAAAUGCCGCCGCGACUCCUCUACCCUCUUCGCCAUCCCUCUUAUCUCCCGAAGAUGCUACUCCGCGAGCCGCCCUCGCAAGCACGCCCGCGCCGCGCCGUACCCCCAGCUCCAGCUCGCUGCGCGAUGAGCGUCGCAAGUCGACACCAACCCUCCAGAAACGACCAUCCGCCGCGUCUCUACGGUCUGUAUCGAACAACGGUCCUACAUCUCCUAUCGUAGACUCGUCGCGUCGCUCUUCCACCAACUUAGCGGGGUCACCGACCGGCGCCGCGUCGCCCGCGAUAAUGCCCCAGCGGCUCGCGUUCCCACCAGAGCCCCAGCUCCCCACGGCAGCGUCGAUCGCGGCGGAACAUUUCCAGAAAGAAGUCGACCUGCACCAAGUCGUCGAUCUCAAAUCAAAAACCGCUGUGAUCAUUCAUGAUGCUUGCUAUGGCCAUCGCUUCUCGCGCCCGCGCACAUCCAAGAUCUACCUUUCUCAGAUCGUCGAGAGACCAGAGCGCAUUCGCGCAUGCGUGCUAGGAAUAUCCGCGGCUUAUGUUCGUCUUGGUCGUCGACAUGCAGGUGAGCUGCAUGCGCCGCGCCCCGAUCUAGAUGCGCACAUGCUGCCUCCGCCACCGUUCCAAAUUUGCAAGACUUCGCGCAAGCUGGCUCUGUCCGAUAGUGCUGUAACGAGUGUUCAUGGGACUCAAUGGAUGACCGACCUGAAGAGUAUGUGCGACGUUGCUGAGUCGCGCCUGGCUUUGGUAGGCAAGGAACUAGUCAAGCCGCCGGGGCCUGACGGCCAGACUAAAGGGCCCGCUCUGCACGAGGGAGAUCUCUACUUGUGCUCGGAAUCUUUAAACGCCUUUGAGGGUGCCCUUGGUGGUGUUUGUGAAGGUGUCGACACUGUUCUCGGACCCGGUCCUACGAAACGCGCAUUUGUUUGCAUUCGACCUCCAGGCCACCACUGUUCCGCAGACUGGCCGUCAGGUUUCUGCUGGAUUAACAAUGUUCAUGUCGGUAUUUCAUAUGCGGCAUUGAAUCAUGGUCUGACCCAUGCUGCGAUCUUGGAUUUCGAUCUGCACCAUGGAGACGGCUCCCAAGAGAUAACCUGGCACCACAAUUACAAGGCGUCGACUGCCCCGCGCAAUGCUGCUCCUCACAAGAAGACGGCUAUUGGAUACUACAGUCUGCAUGAUAUCAACUCCUACCCCUGCGAGAAUGGCGAUUUUGAUAAAGUGCGCAAUGCGAGCGUUUGUCUUGAUGGUGCGCAUGGACAGUCCAUCUGGAAUGUUCAUCUUGGCACUUGGGAGACUGAAGAUCAGUUCUGGACCCUCUACCAGACCAAAUAUCUUAUUUUGCUUGAAAAGGCGCGCAAUUUCCUCCGUGAGCAAACGCAACGAAUCUCCACGAAUCUUACUGGUCCUCGUCCGAAGGCCGCCAUCUUCAUUUCGGCAGGUUUCGAUGCGAGCGAGUGGGAGAGUACCGGCAUGCAGCGGCACAAGGUCAACGUGCCAACCGAGUUCUACGCACGUUUCACCGCAGAUGUGGUCCGGAUGUCCCAGGAAGAGGGCCUCGGUGUCGAUGGUCGUGUUAUCAGUGUGUUGGAAGGUGGUUACAGUGACCGAGCCCUGAUGAGUGGUGUCCUCAGUCACAUCUCUGGCCUGGGGAGUGAAUCAGUUGAUAACAGUCUAGCUUCUGCCAUGAGAAGCGGGAUGAACCUCUCCGAACUGAACCCCGAUCCUACUCCCCAAAAAGCCUCAGCUCAUACCGAGUACGAUAAAGAGUGGUGGUCUUCAUCCAUGCUGGACGAAGUUGAGGCACUUGCGUAUCCUGCACCGAAGCCGAUCAAAGGCGAGAGAUCUUCGACCCUGUUCAAGGAAACGGAUUCCUUCAAAGCCAAAAAAGUCAAUAUCGUGGACCGCAAGUCUUUCAGCUCCCCAGGGAUGGGCACGCGUCCAGUAAUCUCACCGCCACCUGAAGUUGGCUGGGCUACUGCAGCACACGAACUAUCCAAGAUUCUUAUCCCCGAACAUCGCCAAACGAAGAGCUGUCGACCUGAAGAGCUGAACGCCGAGGCUUCUCGCCAGCGCCGCGAUCGUCAGGUAGCAUUGGACGGCGGUAUCAACCCUGCCAUCAUCCCUCCCCCACCAGAAGUGCCCAGCACCGAGGAAAAGCGACAGUUGCGAGUUCGAAAGACGAAAUCACCAACACCUUAUUCCCCCAGACCUGCCACACCCCGACAGCAAGCGAUGCGCAACAAAAACCGCCGAAGGACCAUUGAUGCAAACGAGCUCCCUGAUCCAUCACGAGAAUCAUCUCCAUCUGUCGACGCGAGUCGCAGAAAGAGUUCAGCUCCUGCGCCCAUCAGCCUUGAUUUGACGAGUACCAUCGACGAGGUGUCCACGGACAAAGACCCUGCGACCCCUUCAAAAUCUCCCGCAAAGCCCACCGCAAGGAAAAUAAGCGGUGGCUCUCGCUCAGGCACACCCAGACGCACAGCAAGCCCCCGAAAGCCUCCGCCAGUCCCAAAGGUCCCAACUUCAUUCCUACCUUCAAAGCUCAGCGAAGGAGUAUCCGCCCCGAAAGAUGAUAGCAUGGAAAAGCUCACAAGUGGUCUCCAACGAGUCAAACUGACCAUGCCAAACCCGUACAAAAAUCUGCCCGAUCCUUCUCGAGGCAACGGACCCUCCCGGCCACCCCCAAGCCUAGCUUCACCCGCCUUCCCCCAAGCCCAAGUUGGCCAACCCCAGGGCCCAAUGCAAGAUCUCCCAGUCUUUACAUCCAGCAGCCCCAUCCCCUUUGCUACACCAGAGACGCAAACUCCCAACCAGGGGCCAUCUCGUCCUCCUCCCACUGCUCCUGAGACUCCUGAGAACCAGAGCUCUCAGGAGCCUCGCUCUUUCUAUCAGUGA